GAUGCUAACAGAGGGGAAAAAAAGAAAACAAAAGAAAACAAAAGAAAAAAGAAAUAAAAGAAAAAGGAGCUUUUGUUUUGAUGGUCCAGAGAGGAAGCACCACACUCCUUUGUUUCAACUUGACGAGGUAAAAAUCUGCGGCUGGUUUGAAUUUUUUUCCUUCACAAAAAACUGAAGAAACAAAGUGAGUCAGAGACGAAAGGAGCAGAGACGGGUUAGACAGACUGGUAGUUAGAGUGGUAGUUAGGGUUAGUCAGAGUUGGACUGAUGGAGGCAAUGUCUCUCUGCAGCAAGAAAAGGCCCUGUGAUGGAGCUGUGCUCCAGCUGCACCAGGAGGCUCAGUCCCAACCCCCAGUCUGUAAAAAGAGGUGCAGGGAGGAGGGGGAGGGGCGGAAGAGGAGGAGGAGAACAGGAGGAGGCUGGAAGGAGAACAGAGAUCCAGGAGAACUGCCGAGGAACAGUAGAACCCAGAACCUGAGGAAAGAAUGGUUUACACAGACUGGAACCAGAACCAGGACCAAAGUCAGGACUGCAUCUGAGUUUAGACCUAGAUCUGGAUUUGGGUCUGGAGAUGAGCUCCAGUCCAGUAGACCUGAGGUCAGAGUGGCCCUGAUCAAGAAGACCAGGAUCCAGACUGUGGAGCCCAGAGGGUCAGAACUGGUUCAGGGUUUAAUCCUCACAGACCAGACUGAUCCAGAAUUCAUAGAGACUUGGCUGAACCGGAGGAGACCAACACAGGACCGAAGGACCAGAACCACAGGGUCCACAUCUGAGGUCAGGUCCAGGUCUACAGCAGACCCUCAGAAGACUCAAGGUCUGGUCUCAGAGCAGUCCUCAGAGUCCAGGACCAGCAGCAGGAGCAGGUAUGAGAGAGUCCUGGAUCCAGAGCCCCCGACAGGAGAGAGGGGGGCACCCACAACCAGGUCCAGGUCUGUGGAGAGGAAAACUGAGAUCAGGGCCAGGAGGAGGAGGAAGGUCCACCCAUCUGUGUUCAGAGGGAGAGGUCAGUUGCGGUUGUCAAUCACUGCAGAGGCGAGACAGCUCAUCAUUCACAUCCAUGAGGCCCGGGGGCUGAUGGGAAGAUGCCUGAGGUCAUGUGAUUCGUAUGUGAAGGUGUCAGUGACCUCUGACCUCAGGAUGAAGACUCCACCUGUUUUGAACAACAAGAACCCUCACUACAACCACAUCUUCACCCUGUGUCUCAGGGAUGACCUCCUCCUCCACAGGUUGUUGUUUUCAGUGUUCAGAAGACGGACUGACAGCAGGCGUAGUCAGCUGAUUGGCUGUAUGAGCUUUGGGAUUGGUUCUGUUGUCUCGUCCUCUAAGCUUCUCACUGGUUGGUUCUACCUGUUGGGGGAGGGGUUUGGCUGGAGUAAACACCUGAGGGUAACAUCACAGCAUUGGCAAGAGGGGGAGGAGCCAGAAGAGAGACUGACUCACUGUGCAGACCUCAGGAGGACCCCAGACUCCGCCCCAGAUACUGACCUGAACACCGUCACCUCCACCGCCUCCACUGCUGGACUCAAAGACCGGACCAGCCAGAACCGGACCUCCUGGCACCCCCUCAGCCUUGGUCCAACCAGCACCACCCAGCGAGUGUCCAGAGAUGGCAGCAGCUCCCAGAGACCAACGGUGAGCAUCACUCGAGGAAAAGACGGGUUUGGAUUUACAAUCUGCUCUGAUUGUCCCGUCCGAGUCCAGGCUGUUGACCCAGGUGGUCCGGCUCAUCAGUCUGGGCUCCGUCCAGGAGACUCAGUUCUGCAGCUAAAUGGACUUCCUGUAGAAACCUGGAAAUGUGUCGACCUCGCCCACGCCAUCAGGAGUUGUCCAUCUCAGAUCGUCUUGGUGGUGUGGAGAGGUUUACCUGAGCUCAGAUCAGGAUGUGAAGCUUUGUUUCGCCCACCAACACACAACGCAACAACGGGCAGGAAGUUGCUGCCUCACCCCACCCACAGUAAACAUGGCCGCAGACGGGAUCAAGGGUCGAGGGUGCAGUCCACUUUGGGAGCUCUGGGUUCUCUGUGGAGGGACAGAAAGGAGGACCAGGAGGAGGAGGAGGAGGAGGAGGAAGUACAGGAGGUGACUGAGUACUCCCCACGCACCACCACACUGAAGGGCACCCGUGUGACAUCAUCAAAUGGAGACAAUUACAUCAUCCUGUCACCUGUCAGUCCAGGAGGACAGCUCUUGCAGCCAGUUUAUCACGACAGGAACAGGACGAUUGGUCGUCUGUACCAGACCCACCCCAGCAGAGGUCAGAGCCUCCUACAAGACUCUCAACCUGGGUCGUCAUGGCAACCAUUCACCAGCCGUACCUCCACCCUGCCCCCACCCCCCUCCUCCUCUUCCUCCUCUCCAGGUGCACCCAGUAACUAUGGCAACUACCAGAACUGCACCAUCGUCCAAUCACACCUGCCCUGCUCCACCUAUGGAACCUAUGUCACACUGGCGCCCAAAACCCUCAUCUUCCCCAUCUUUGUCCAGCCUCUGGAUCUGUGCAGCCCAGACAGAACCCUGCUGAUGUCAGAGGAAAUGGUUCUGCACCAGGCCGACUUGCUGCCUGCAAAGGUGACAGUGUUGAUCUACAGUGACCUGCUGCUGUUGACCAGAGAGGACGAAGCUGGACGCUGCAACGUCCUACAGAGUCCACUGUACCUGAACACACUGCAGCUCAGAGAGGUGUCAUCAGAGCCGCUCCACCUCUACUUCCUGCAGACGUCUCAGAUGUGUUCCCAUUGCGUCUUCAGUCUUGAGUCUUUCAGCAUCGAGCAGAAGGUCAGAGUUCGUCUGUGUCUCCAUGACAACAUCCAUCACCAGCUGGUCGCCACGGAGACUGCACACAGCCAUCAGCUUUCAGACCUCCCCUCAGACUUUGGCCUCCUCUCUCUCAGUCAGUCUGACCCCGUCUAUCGUCCCUCCUCUCCUUACUCGUCCCCUGAUCCCCCACUUCGCCGCCCCUCCUCCCCCUACUCCUCCCUCUGUGAUGCUUUCAGACCUCCCUCUCCCUCUCCUUACUCCCCAAGCUCUCCCUUCUCCUCCUCCACUCCUCCUCCUCCCCCCUUCUCCUCUCUUUCUCCAUACACCUCCUCUUCCACCUCACCUUCAACCAGUACCAUCACUGCUCUACCUCACCUCCUCCCCCCACCUCCCCCAACCUCCAUCUCCACCCAGAGGAGUCCGGUCUGGAAGGAGAGAGGGAGAGCAGAGGAGGAGGAAGAGGAACGGCAGCAAGGGGAGGGGGAGAGUGCCUCUGAAACAUCAGAGAAUGUGGGAGGUGUUUGGGGGCGGGGCCUUCUUCUGAGCCCCCACCAUUUCAACAUGAAGGAGGAGGAAGAGGAGGAGAGUAACGAUGAUGAAGAGGAGGAGGAGGAGGGGGAGGAGAGAGGAGCUGCUGAGGAGUUCACCUCCACCUACAGACCUGCAGUUCUGCAUCGCUCGCUCUCUGAGGGUUCUCUGCUGCAGGAAUCUCGAUCGCCCCGCUUCCUGUCUGACAGCACCAUCCACCGACUAACCCGUUCCUCGACCUUUGACCCUGAACCCAGCACAGACCCCAUCACCCAACCCCCCUCCCCCCACACUCUGAGGAGACAGCUGACAAGAGGGGGGGGGUCUCUCCACCAAAUGCUACUGCUGCUUAAUGGCCCCAAGGACUCUGAAUUCAGGAAUCUUCAGCUGAGGAAGAAGACCAGGACUCUAGCUGCUGAUGUCCGCAGUCGCCUGGCGUUUCUACGUCGACGGAAAAACAGUACCUGUUUCCAUGGUAACAGUUUGGAGAAAGCUCUGAGAAACAACAGACCAUCUCUGGGGGAGGUGCUGAGGUGGGCGGAGAGUCUGGAAACUCUGCUGACCAAUCAGUAUGGUCUGGCGGUCUUCCGUCACUUCCUGAGAUCAGAAUUCAGUGAGGAGAACCUAGACUUCUGGUUGGCUGUGGAGAGAUUCAAGAGGACAUGCCCCCUAAGCAAGAUGGCCACCAGAGCUUGGAAAAUCUAUGAUGAGUUUAUUUCUACCAAAGCAGCAAGACAGGUCAAUGUGGACUCGUCUGUCAGAGAAUCAACCAAUCAGAACCUGCAUCUUGGUGUGAACCCCACCUCCUUCCAACAAGCCCAGGAUCAGAUUUUCAGCCUGAUGGAGACCGACAGUUACCCUCGAUUCCUCCGCUCCCACCUCUACGCCCAGCUUGCCAAUCAAGGCAGGCAGACCGCCACAGUGUUGGGCAAUCAGAGUGGAGCUGGGUCUGUGCAUGUCAGCCAAUCAUAAGAGUGAAUGGUGAUGAUCAGCCAAUCGAAGGGUCAGAUCUGAUCAGAGCAUCUCAUUGGCUGGCUGUCAUCUUCUGUCAUCUAUUCAGAGAAAAACCAACCAAUAAUAGACACUAUCCGUCCAGGUGCAUUAUGGGAAAUGUAGGGUCCAGUGUUUUUGGACUAAACAUCAGGAGCUCGCCACCUCCUCCUUCAGAUUUCUGGUUUUAAUAUUUUUAAUAGAAGUGUUGAAUCAGUUUGUAAAAUCUCAAAUGUUUGUUACAUGAGAAGCUUCAUGUUUUCCAGAUGUUUUUCAGAUGAUUUCCAGAUGUUUUCACCAUUGAUUUCAGAAGUUAUUGUUUAUAAACAUCUCUUCAUCUACUUGGUGGAUUGACUUUCCCUCUGGUGCAACCAUCAGGUCACAUACAGAACAACUGACGUUCCCAUCGGCCCUUGCUGUACGCUGUGUUAACUGCCAAUAAGCCAGUGUUAGCAUGCUAAUGUGCUAAACUAAAAUGGUAAACAUAGUAAAUAUUUUACCUGUUACUAAAUAAUAGCAUGUUAGAACUGUCAUCUUAGGCCUGUUAGCAUGCUGAUGUUAGCAUCGACUGGUAGCCUGUUGUUUUUUGGAUUAACGUCAUCAAACACCAUCACAGAACAUCCAGAAAAAAUGUUUUUAUUUACUCAAAAUUGAUUUACUCCUCAUUAACAUCCAGAGUAGAACCAGUCGAUGUAGAACCAGAUAACGUAGAACCAGUCGACGUAGAACCAGUCGAUGUAGAACCAGAUAACGUAGAACCAGUCGACGUAGAACAAGUCGACGUAGAAUCAGUCGACGUAGAGCCAGUCGACCUAGAAUCAGUCGACGUAGAGCCAGUCGAUGUAGAAUCAGUCGACGUAGAAUCAGUUGACAUAGAGCCAGUUGACAGAGAACCAGUCGUUGGUGAACCAGUUGAUGUAGAACCAGUUGAUGUAGAACCUGUCUGAAAAUCAGGAAAAUAAUAAUUGAAUAAUAAGUUGUUUUUCAGAUAUUUAAUUUUAAUCUAGAAAUUAUUGGAGUAGAUGUGUCCUGUUGUUACCUGAAACCUCCUCAGGUGUGACAUGAUGAAGUCUAAUGGAAACUAAAAAAUAAAGACGACUCAGCUGGG